CCGCCAGUCUCAGGGAAGCGCUAGCUUGCACUUCAAGAGGCAAAACUGUUGUAGGCGUUAUUGAAAAACACCAGGAACUACUUAUGAAAGUUGUGUAGGACCAGGCUAAAAUAUAUGCUUUGUUAGUUGGUCUUCAGUGUCUGAUGUUGUGUGUGUUAUUGUCAAUACAAGUGAUCUGAGGUAUUGGGAUUCUAGCCAAUCCUGCCGUUAUUUCUGGAGGAUCCAUCCUUGGAGAGACAUUUUAAAGGCCAUCGAGAUGCCAUCACAGGAGUGGAUUUCAGUCUUAAUAAGAAACAAUUGGCAAGUGGUUCUAUGGAUUCAUGUUUAAUGAUCUGGAGCAUGAGACCCCAAAUGAGAGCCUAUCGCUUUGUGGGUCACAAAGGUGCAGUGAUGUGCGUUCAGUUUUCACCUUCUGGCCAUCUGGUGGCAUCAGGCUCCAGAGACAAAACAGUUCGUUUGUGGGUUCCAAGCAUCAAAGGGGAAUCUACUGUCUUCAAGGCUCACACGGCAACUGUAAGAAGCGUUCACUUUUCCAGUGAUGGCCAGUUUUUAGUUACAGCUUCUGAUGACAAAACUGUCAAAGUUUGGACACUUCACAGACAAAAAUUUCUUUUCUCACUGAACCAGCACAUAAACUGGGUUCGCUGUGCUAAAUUCUCUCCUGAUGGAUGCCUAAUAGUAUCUGCUAGUGAUGAUAAAACUGUCAAACUCUGGGAUAAGACCAGCAGAGAAUGUAUACAUUCUUUUUGUGAGCAUGGGGGGUUUGUGAAUCAUGUGGAUUUUCAUCCAAGUGGUACGUGCAUUGCUGCAGCUGGUACAGACAACACAGUGAAAGUGUGGGAUGUUAGGAUGAAUAGACUUCUACAGCAUUAUCAAGUGCACAGUGCUGUGGUAAACUCUCUUUCCUUUCACCCAUCUGGAAACUACCUGAUUACUGCCUCCAAUGAUUCAACUCUGAAAGUUUUGGACUUAUUAGAAGGAAGGCUGUUGUACACUCUUCAUGGUCACCAGGGGCCAGCUACCUGUGUUGCCUUUUCAAGGACUGGGGAUUUUUUUGCAUCUGGAGGUUCUGAUGAACAGGUGAUGGUAUGGAAGACUAACUUUGAUGCCACUGAUUAUGGGGAUGUAUUGAAAACUCAAAAGCACGGUACCAACAUAAAUGGAACUCUUCACAGUCUGAAAUCAGAAAUGGUUUGUGGUGAUCCUCCAAAGAAAAUUAAAACUCAAGAAUCUGCCAAGAACCAGCAGUGGCAAGAGGAAGGGAGUGGUCUUGCAAAUACCCUUGAGCACAUUGUGGGACAGUUAGAUGUUCUAACCCAGACUGUUUCCAUUCUAGAACAGAGACUGACGCUAACAGAAGACAAACUGAAGGAGUGUCUUGAGAAUCAGCAGAAGAUCAUUCAAAAUAAAAUGAAUUAAUUAAGCGGUAGCCAGUAAAGCUGAAAUUGUUUGUUUUUUAAAUUUGUGUUUGACAUUUUUUGUGUGAAUGCAUUUAACAUAGGACAUUUCUUAUUUUUUGGAAUGCACAAUUAUUGGUAUCUGUAAAAAUAUGCAAUUUUAUUACUUUAAGAAUAAAAUCCUCUUUUUAUUUUACUAAAUACAAAA